AUGUCGGCCGAUGGUUUUAUUACUAAGUAUGGACAAUGUCGUUGUUGUUCAAUUGAAGGCAAUCAUCAAGAUUUAUUUACGGAAUAUUGUUGGGAAAGCAUCCCUGAAGUUUAUUCUGAUAUUUUCGCUGAAUGUUUUAAUUUAUGCCUAUCAACAAAUCCAGAAUUGACUACACUUAUUUGUUCAAAUUGUAUCAGCAAACUCCGGGAUGCUAGUAGCUUCCGAAUUCUGGUUGUAAAUAACGAAAAGCAAUUAUUGGAAGCACUUCAACAGAGAAGUGAUGACAACAGAUUAGUGAAUCAAGAUGAAAAUAAGAAUAGUUUUGAUAACAUAAAAAUAGAAGAGCCUUCUAACGUUAAGGUAGAGUCAUGGUUGUUAAGACAGAGCGAUGAUGACUACACCGAUAGUGAAAAAAGUGAAAUAUUUGAAGAUAGAAUUUCGUCACCAGUGAAAUGCUUAGACCUUGUAGAUGGUGAGAGUACUUUAUUGUCGCGGUUUCCAGGACGGCAACUGAGACCUUUGCCGACUCGUGCUUCGCUAAAACACGUCUGCCGGGACUUCGAAAAACAUUUGAAGGAGUUAAAAGGUAAAGUGAUUCCAGGUAAAACAAUACAGUCGCUACUAGACAACGACAAUUACAAAUCAAAGGAGAAAAUUGAAAGAAGUAUCAAUAGUAAAAAGCAAACAGAUGUACCAAAGAAAAAACGGAUUCAGAAAACAAAAUACAGGGACAAACACAUAGAUAUUGAGAGAGAGAAAAAUCCAUAUACAUUAGAAAGACUGAGUCACGCUACGAACAUAACAGCUCUACUUGAAUUCUCAAAUGUAACAGCUUUUAAAUCGAAACACCAGCGCGCGUACCCUUGUUUCUACUGCGAAAAACUGUACGAAGAUUUCGAAGAGCUAAGACGUCACCAAAUAUCCGAUCACGUGAAAGAAAACUUGAGUCAAUGUGUCUUAAAGAAAUACAGAAUCGGAAAACCGGACGGACUGGUCGUAUACGCUGAUGUCACAGAUUUGAAGUGUACAAUUUGCUACAGCGGAAUAUCAAGUCUGAAAGAUCUGAAAAUUCAUUUGACUGAAGUGCACAAGAAAAAGAUGUUUCUGGAAUUAUCCGACAGAGUGAUACCUUUUAAAGUGUUAGAAAACAAUUUCGUGUGCCAGAUAUGUGGAAAUUUCUACGAGACGUUUGGCUCAAUAGAGAGACAUAUGAACACUCAUUAUAGAAAUUACGUUUGCGAAGAAUGUGAUUCUGGUUUCAUCACUAAACAAAGGCUAAGAAUACACGGCUACUUGAUGCACACGAGCCGACAAGAGAAAUACGAAUGCGAGAUAUGUCAAAAGCAAUUCACUACGCAACAAAAAAGGAGGAUUCACGUCGAAACUGUCCACGAGAAUGUGAAGAAAUACAAAUGUAACAGGUGCCCGGAACGGUUCAACGAAUACUUUAGACGGCAUAAACAUAUGGUCCUUGUACAUGGUGUAGCUCCAAUAGAGUAUAAGUGUAAUGUUUGCGAUAAGUCCUUCGAUAGAAGAUACUCAUUGUCGACUCAUAUGCGGACUCAUAUACAGCAGAAAGAUGUGUACUGUGAAUUGUGCCCUUACAGAUGUUUCACUAAAGUGGAAUUGAGGCACCAUAUGGUGAAACAUAAUGGUGAGAGGAUAUAUGAAUGCUCGAUCUGUAAAAAGUCUUACGCUAGGGAGAAAACUCUCAAAGAACACAUGAGGAUUCACACGAAUGACAGAAGAUAUGUCUGCCCUGUGUGUGGUAUGGCGUUCAUACAAAACUGUAGUUUAAAGAGCCAUAUAAAAAGCCACCACAAAGAGUACGGUUUAACGUGAUUAGGCAAUUAUAGGAGUUAUCAUGGUCUUAUUAUUACAACAGUAAAUCUACUGUCAAAUCUAUUAAGUUGACAUCUUUUUUCCUUCUCUUCUGUUGUAUUUUCAAGCCUUUGUUCAAUUCAAAGAACUAUAUGUUUCUAUCAGCUGCGAUUAAUUUAAACGGCGCCAUUUUGUAUUGCCUUAGAUUGAAGUGGAUAAUGGUAGCGAUAUAUCAUACAAUACGCUGCCCAACAUUUUGAUUUGUCAUCAGCAAGAAACAUGCACGGUGGCUAUAAG